GCGAUCACUCCAACCAUACCGUUCGCUGGGGACCAUCAACAACAGUCUCCCGAACCCGGGCCCGCGUGAUCGCAAGAAAAGACCAUUUACAGAAGAAGAAAGCAUAUCCACCUUUCCGUUUUGGUUACGGGCUGCUGCUGCUAUGCAGCAAGACUUCGACUCGGCGACGACGGCAACGACGACGUCGAUCGGCACUGCAUCACUCAUAUUACGUGGUACGCUCAGCGCAUAGCGUAGACCCCGCGAAGGAUAGGAGGAUCAACGUCUUCGUGCCGGACCGAACCGCGCCGCGCGUUGAGUCGAGGUCGUCCGUCUUGGCGACUGUGGCGCUGCGAUAUGUUGUUGGCUUUUCCUCCUUCUUUGGGCUCCGGUUGAGUCAGUUUGCUUUUACCACCCGGAGAAAUCGGAUCUAUCUACCCGGCUCUGCUGCUGGUCGGUUUUUUGCUUGGUAUUUUUCUCACUUCAACGCUCUCUACUUGUUCCAGCGAAGCAAGUCGCGCGAUCGUGAGUUUUUUUUCUUUACAUUACUCAGGUGUGUAUGUGAGUGAAGAGCUUUCGCGUGAAGCCGAGAGAAGAAGACGAAGGGGGUGGUGGUCGAGGAGGAGAGACCCCCGCGCGGGCAUUUCUCUUCAGCCCAAUUUGGUCGCCUGCCACCAGCGUCGUGGUGUGCAAUGGGGGAACAGUAAAUUCCUGUAAAUUUACACUCACACAACGUGAGUGUGAUCAAUCGAAUCGUUCAAAAAGUCGUCAAGAAGAAAAUAAUUUCACUUGAAAAAGAGAAAGAUGAGCGCAACGAGACCGCCAAGGAGCGGCACGCGAGACGUAAGCCGCGACGCAUACGUGUCAGGUUGAGACGGAAAUUAAUUAAGUGUUAACUGGAAAAUUUGUGAAAAUUUUAUGCAAUCGGAAGAAUUAGCAAUCGAAGAAGUUGGCCUGCUCCAAAGGUGAUUUAUGAAUGUGAAUGUGAGAGUGAGAGUGAAAGAGCUUCGCCCUUCGCCCGCCCCAGUGCCAGUGAAGUGAUAUUCAAAUUGGACCCCAGGGGGUUCCCCUUUACCUAGAUGAUCGCAGAAAUUAUGCUCUAUGCAAAUGAGGAGGUGUUUGUGGUGCGAAGUCAGCGACCAAAGUAUAUGCAGUGAAUGAGUGAGUUGUUGUUGCGACCGAAAGUGAAAGAAACACACUGAAGGGAAGUUACGCGAGAACGAUCGAGGGACGAUCGAAACACCGACGACUGUGACCGCAACGACCGCGCGAAGACAGAGAAGAAGCAGAGGUGAUCUUGAAGUAAAAGUGAAACUAACCAAAGCAAAGGAAUUCCGAGAUUGGAUUGAAGAAAAAGAAACAGGCACAACAACAAACACAACAAAACGCACUUAGGACAAGUUAAGCAAAACCGAAGAAAACGGAAACCAGAAAUAAGAAGCGAAACGAACGAGAUUGCGUGUGGAAGUAAAAAAAAACCUGCUCUUCCAGUGGAUCCCGGGUCUUUGGCUUCUUCAAAAGCUGUAAAAAGCACUGCAGCAGCAGCAACUCAACAACACGGGAACAGGUACGCAUCAUCACCAUCAUCAUCAUCCUCGUCUCGACGUCGUUGAUCUCGACGCACAGCAGCCGUCGAAUGAAAACGAACGGCGAGUGAAAAGCUGGAAAAAUAUUAUCAUUUAUAGGCAUCCUGAAUUAACAAAUAAUUCUACCUUUGGCCCACCAUACACACCAUUAGUCGUUCCAAUGAAGUCUUCAGGAGACGAUCACCCGCUCUCCUGGCAGCAGCAGCAGCACCAGAAGCCACCACGAAAGACAAAGCACUUUCAGUCUGAACGAAGCGCCAAUUAUCGCCGUCUCAGCCUGUAGCACAACCACCGCCGAGUCAGAUUAUCGACGUCUGCUUCAUCGUCAUCUCGUUGUCGCCAGCGCAGAGACCCACACCGGAAAAGAUCCGACCUCACCGAAGCAACAACCAGAUUGCCAUCAAAGCCAAACCCAAGAUACACACAUACAUAAUAACAGAAAUUAGCGUGGCGCAACGAUUUCAGUAUGAAAUUGCCUCACAAUAGAACCAUCGUUAACGGAUAUCAUUAAGCAAAACGAAAACGAGAGUGGGAGCGGAAUUUGCUGAUUGAAAGCGAAAACAAUUCACGACAAAAUCAAAAGCGCAACGAACGCGCUGAGGUAAAUUUGCGAACAAGCGAAACGAAACCGAAAUCCAAAAUGUCAUUCAAACGAUCGUGUCCCGGUAGAGGCAGCAACGCCAUAGCCAUGCUCAUCCAUCAGUCGUACGUAUGCGGCCUGAUCGGACUGCUGGUGGCGUCACAGCUGUCACACGCGACUACGCCUUGUAGCAACUCAGAAGACUGUACAAACGAAAGCCUAGCCACUAGCAGUAGUAGCAGUAAAUCUAGGAGGUCGGCGUCACCCAUACUCAAUGACGUCGGAACGAGAAAUAAAGACUUUCUACUUUUUGAAAACAAUAAAGUUGAUCAGGACGUACCGCCGUCGACGAAGCAACGAAGCGGGAAGGACCUGCUUGAUGACUCGUUUCAGUUCAGUAAGAAUAUGGCGAUGAACUUGACGGGAUCAUCGCCCAAUGCACCACCCUUCAUAGUGGCGAACAACAUCAACGGACGACAAAAUGCGAACCCGGAUAUACAGGAUAUCAUCACCGGUAUCGUGAAGCUGUUGAACGGCAACGUCAACGUACAUGCCAAUACGCAACCAACUAGGAGGCACUCAGCCACUAGAAUCAACAAUAGAGGUCCUCCAAGAAUCUCAGAAGCUCAACCAGUCCCGAAUGAGUUCGAAGGCGACUUGAAUACGCCUCCGACAUCGUCGCGGCCUCCCUAUAGUUUCGAACGGCCACAGACACCCGUAAGGCCCUUCCUUACGGGUGUACCCAUUCCAGAGCAGAUUGUGCCUUCGAUGCAACAAACCAACCGACCUGGAUUCGUAUCACAGAAUCGGCCUCCCUGGCAACGACCCAAACCAAGACCUCCUAUAUCCCCUAACCGAAGACCUAUGCCGCCGUACAAGCCUUAUCCGACAAAUAUUGAUUUCGUAAAACCGGAGAUCGAUCACUCUCCCAUAACGGUUGCUCCCAGUGAGAGCAACUCAAUUAGCGAAACUACCGAAAAGCUCCAAACGACUGAAGAACCGGAAGCUAAACCCCCCGCAACAACAACUACUGAGAGUGAGGUGCAUGAAAUCACGACCGAUCCUCCGGCCCCUGAAAUCAAGGAAGAGAAGCCUGUUAAAAAGGCGGACAAACCGAAUGCGAAACCACCCAUGACAGAAGUCCAAUACACAGUUGAACCCGCUGGAGCAGAUCAUCCAUCAGAUAAUAAUCCUACUUCGUCAGAACCCUUCCACACCGAAGUUCCAAGCGUAUACGAAAUCAACUCCAUCGAAUAUCUACCGGCAACUUCGGAACCCACUACCAGUGUUUCACUAGAGCCAUCCACAAGCGACACAUCAACUCCCACAGAGUUAAUCACUCCAACGAAGACGCUCUCCCCUGCCACCAUGAUCUCAACUUCCACUGGUACCACAGAAAAUACACCCACUUCUACUUCCACCUCAUCCAUGGCCGUCAAUCACAAGUCCGAAGAUCCAACCAGCAGUUCCUCCAUUCCAACACCAUCCUUACCUCCACCUACUCCUUCCACCACAACCGACUAUCGCUUCCACCCACGACCCGGUCUAGUUCUGGACGAUCCGGAUUUCAAACCAGGUGGCAAGAAACCCAUCAUACGAACUCAAAACCACUACCAACCACAACCGGAGAUUCACCAAUCUACCGGAGUGAACCUUCCCAACUACGGCGAAAUAUUCGAUGUGACAUUGUCCGCCAUUCAGGGUCCGGCUGGUUCCGGCUCGCAGCAAACAAUCAAAAUCAACCCGUACCGCCCGCAGAACAUCCAACCGGAUGACGACGCCAGCAUAAUACUGACCGCCACCGGUGACGAAGGCUUCGUAUCGAUCGAUGGCAAACGAUCGUACAUCGAUCUGUUCGGUGAUUCGAAAACGAUUGCACCCACCUCGACCAGCGAAGUGGUUCGUCCAACCCUCGCGCCGGGAGUAACCGGAACGGGCUACGCCGUAGCUGAAACCGAACCUCCUCAACCGCAGGCUCCUGCCGUAGUACCACAACAACCACAACCACCACCUCCUCCACCACCCCCGUCCACUCAGCAGUCCCCUCCGGCACACCGUCCGAUCCACCAUCGGCCGAAGUACCCGCUACCCCCGGUUCGAAUCGACACCUGUAUCGUUGGAGAUGAUUCGACGUGCGACCAGGCGCAGAACGAACGCUGCAAAACGGAGAACGGCGUGUCCAGUUGCCACUGUCGACCGGGGUACGCCCGCCGGAAACACCGGGAACCAUGCCGGCGGAUAGUGUCCCUGAUGCUGUCGAUGCGGGUGGACAAGAUCUACGAGCGGAGGAUCCAGUGGGACAAUGUCCUGGCCAGUCGGGACAGUGAGAAAUUCCAACAGCUGAGCUACGAAGCUGUCCGGGCGAUGGACUCCGCUAUGUCGAUGACACCGUUUUCGGACGAGUUCAUGGAAGCGCGCGUGAACGGAAUCUACACCACCAACCCGGCCGCCACCGGGCUCCGCGGGGUGUUUGUCAACUACACGAUCAGCAUGGACGAGAACGCGGAAACGUUGCGACCGCAGCUCAAGUCCGACAUUCAACGACACCUGCUGGGGGUGAUCCAUCGGCGGAACAACAACAUCGGCAACUCCGCCCUGUACGUGGACAGUCCCACGGGGGCGGUCUCGAGCGUGCAGGACGUGGACGAGUGCACGUCGGACGAACUGAACGAUUGCGACGACGAAGCCAAGUGCACCAACAUGUUCGGGACGUUCCGGUGCGAGUGUGGCUACGGCUACCGGGAUCCCUGGGCCGACCAACCGCAGCGAGCCGGACGGGAGUGCUUGUCCUGUCCGGAUUCGUACUGUAACAAUCGGGGCACGUGCAUGUACGACAAUGCGAACAACAAGCAGGUCUGCAAAUGUCUGGGCAGUUAUUAUGGGACGCAGUGCGAGAUCGACGGCGAAGUGCUGGGAGUUGCAGUGGGAGCCUCCGUGGCUGCGGUGGUGAUCAUCGUUCUGACGUUGAUUUGUUUGAUCAUGUGGAGCCGCAAAUGGCAACGUGAGCACAAGAACGCCAUGGGCAGCCCGGUGUUUGGCUACAUGGGUGGCGGUCAGGUGAAGACCCCCGUCAUGGGGCAAGCCCCCUACCAGGUGACCCUCGAGGAUCGGAUGCGCUGGGCACAGAUUGCGGACGUGAUGGCCCAAGCCAAUCACUAUGCAACUUUUCCGACCUUGCAGGCUGAACCCGUGGCACCACCGAGACCAGCAUCUGCCAUGUACGGCUACCCAAAUCUGCAAACCAUCGGCAACAUGAACACGCUGAGCAUGCACGGCACUUUGCCACCGAUGCACGCCGGAACACUACCACCCGUCCCGCUGCCAAGUAUUCUGAACAGGAGUCUGGGGCUCAACCGCAACGGCAUGCGGACAUUGGAGAACUCCAGCUCCAGCGAGGAAGAGGAUCGAGCCGACCUGCUCGGAAGGAACUUCAACGUUCCUCGACCAAAGAGCAGAAGCAACGCGAGCGUAACGUCCGGAAUCUACUACGACGUGGACUACGCACCGACGGGCGCGGAACAACUGUACGGUAUCAGCAGCACCCUCAGCGCCGCCACGGCACCGGUUUCGGUCUCCAAGUCCCAGAGUAACAUACCAAUGAGCACGUACACGUCCGGCAGUCGACCGGUGCAGACCUCGUACUACAAGUAAAGCGGAGGAGUGCUUGCUACUAAAUAUCCCAAUGAAUUCCCGACCAGUGUUCAAGUGCGGUGAGUGGCGAAGAGAUCGAAAAACUGAUAUUUAUUAAGAAUCUCCCGAUUGCGACGUAGAAGUUAAACAAAGAGAUUGAUUUCUUUUUCGGAAACAAACUAAAAAGAAGAAAAGAAAAACAUUGCUUCAAGGCAACAAAGCAGAAGUAACAUGUUUUAGUUUAUACGUUAGUAUUGUAUAAUCACUAAAAUUCCAACGUAAGUGCGUGGAACCCAGAAGAAGGUAAUUCUUCAACCUGUGUAUAGAAACCGACCGUCAAAGUAAAAAUCUAUUUAAAUUUGAAAAGCAGAAUUAGGUUUAAUAACUAAGAAAAGCGAUGUAUGAAAACUAAAAGGACGAGAAAAACUUAGAGAUACAAAAACAGACAAAAAAAAAGCUCUGGUUCGAAUAAAAGUAGUGAAUGUGCUUGUUCUUAGGUUAUUGACGAGAUAAAGAUAUUGAUACAAGUAUUAAUUGAGUAAUAAAUACAUAAGUGACGUGUUGAUAAUUAAACUGUGCUUAUGAUGGGAA